UUAUCAGAUACCGUUAUUGUCGUCAGUUUGAAACGAUCCGUCGAAAGAGAAAAGGAUAUGAUAUUCUCAAAUUAUUCUUAUUACGACAUUCACUAUUGAAGAAAUAUCUAUUAGGGCAAAUGCGACAUAUGUAACAACGUACCUAGCAGGAAAAACUAUAUGUGUUAUGUUGAGACAAUAAGUUAUAUAAUAUUUGGGGACCAAAAUGAGGUUGGUAAUAUUUCUUGGAGUCAUCUUGAAAUUUAUCGUCCCGAUAGUUGAAGGACAAGAUUACAUUGGAGAUAUAGUAGAUUGUUCAUAUGUUCCUGAGAAUUUAUACAUCUAUGAUGUAAUGCCAAUGAGAUUUGAUAUUAACAUCCUAGUAAGACCACGUCUAAGAAUUUUGUCAGGACACGUGGAAAUUUUGAUUAAUAUCACGAGAGCAACAUGGAACAUAUCCCUACACGCAGGACCGACAUAUGGUUAUAUGGACAAUAUGAUGGCUAAUCAGAGUGCAAAGGCUAAUCGGAGAGCUUAUAAUUUGCACGAUUUCCAAUUUUGUGCGAGAAGUAAUGUUUUAAUUCUGGAGUUUAACAAAAAGCUACGUAAAGGACUAUAUCGACUUGUAAUAGCAUACACAUCUAUUUUAAAUCAACAUAUGGAGAAACUUUUUUAUCAAUGGACUCUACGGACUAAAAAUUUGGUGUUCACGAAUCUCUACACGCUGACCGCGUUACUAUCAUUAUUUCCACACUGGGACGAUCCGAGAGUAAAAGCAACUUAUAGCAUCUCAGUUCGGGCUCCUGCAGGUUAUACUAUUAUUUCAAGCGUACCUGAAAUGCCUCCUUAUCUUAUAAAAGAUGGAUUAAUUACGCAAUUUGGCAUAAAAAUGGUGACGUACCAAUUUUUCAAGAGGCCCAGUCAUUUGAUAGCAUUUUUGAUAGCCAAUGAUAUCACGAUGGAUACUUUUGAACACGACAUGCAUUAUAUGUGGCACAAAACAGACACGGAUAAGAAAUUUACUUAUAUACUAGAGAAGGCAAAAAUAGUGACAUCGUUUUUUUUUACGUUCAUGAGAAUAGACUCGGUGUAUUUUCCUAGUAAAAUUAAUCAUGUCGUACUUCCAAAUAGUCCUAUGAAAUCAAUGGGUGCACCCGGACUUGUUGUUUACAGGGAAAGAGAUAUUACGUUCGAUGAAGCUUUAGAAUUUCCUAGUCGAAAUCUUGAUGUUACGACGUUAAUAACAUACGAAAUGACACGUCAAUUAUUCGUCAAUGUUAUCACGUCCGAGCCAGACGCUUAUUAUGUAAUGUUGAACGAAGUAUUCGCAUCAUUCUACACCUAUUACAUCAUGGAUCAGACAUGGGUACCAGAUGAAUUAAUGGAACUGUUCGUAGUCAAAAUUAUCCAGUCCACUCUAAAUAGUGACUCGCACUAUGACACAGAACCUAUUAUACACAACGCUAUGAACAGCGAUGGAAUCGAUGGAUUAUUUUAUCCUCUUCUUUAUCAUAAGAAAGCUUUCGCUAUAGUUCGCAUGAUGUUUACACUUUACAAUCCCAAUACUUUCAAAGAGGCCAUUAGGAAUUAUGUGCAGUCACGUUCACGGGAUGUGUGGUUUGAAUUGGAACAAGCUCAUUCACUAAGCGAAGAAAGCGGCUUUUCGGUACAAGAAAUUAUGGAAACUUGGUUAAAAGAAGAAUACUGUCCUGAACUGUACAUCAAACGUGAUUAUGAUCAGCGGAUUGCGAAUUGUUUUUCAACGGGUGCUAAAGCGGGGGAUAAACGCGCAUGGAUAAUACCUAUUAAUUACAUUACGGCAUCUAGUCGUAAGCCCUACAAUAUUUCGGAAGUUAUUUGGCUCGAAUGGGGUAAAUUGAAAGUUAUUAAAGACAUAAAAAAUAAUGAUUUUCUCAUACUCAACGUAGAACAAACGGGUUACUAUCGUGUUAAUUACGAUAGGAGGAACUGGCUACUGAUAUCGACUUACUUGCAAAAGUAUAAUUUCUCACACAUACCUCCCAUUACCCGCGCUCAACUCUUAAAUGAUGCGUAUUAUUUCACAAUACAGCAUCAUACAGGACCUUAUAUCUUUACCAAUGUCACUAAGUUUCUAAAGGAGGACCAAAAUUUUAUAGCAUGGUAUCCUAUGUUUAAUAUUUUCUCAGAAAUGUCAACUUACCUUGAAUUAGAUGAGGGCAAAUCUGUAAAGGGACACUUUUUGGAUAUUCAAACUGUAAUUGGUAAACUGGGGUACGAAGAUAAUCCAUCGGAUAAUGCCAUGAAGAAAUCGUUCAGACAUUUACUUCGAAAAUGGUCUUGUAAAUUUGGUCACUGGCUGUGUCGAAAUGCCGCACGCUUUCGUUUGUUGACUUAUUUAGACAAUGAUGAACUAGACAACAUUCCGGCAAACGUGAAAGAUUGGAUGAUUUGUAAUGGGUUGAAGACAGCAGAUAUAAAUUUUUGGACGUUGUUUCUAUAUAGAAUUAUGAAUCACACUAACACGGAGAAGUAUAUAGAGUAUUUAUCAUGUCCUGAAAAUAGUACGGUCAUCCUGCAUUACUUAGAUAUGCUUACAUGGACAUUUCGUUUCUCCAAAAUACAACAAUUUACGGGACAAAUGUAUCGUAAUAUUGUGAAAAAUCAUAUUAAGAGAAAUGAUGUGUUACAAUUUGUGAUCAACAAUUAUGGUUCAAUAAUAAACAGAUUUCCUGAGCAAUUAUCUGUUGACGCUUUCUUAAGUGAUAUAUAUAUGAAUGUGUAUUCGUUGAAGGACCUUGACACGGUACAUGAAUUUGGACGUAACAGUUCCUUUUGGAAACCGGGCAAUGUUAGUCAACCAUUGGAAAUAUUUGUUAACCAUCGGAAAGCAUAUCUAAAGAAAGUGUUGUUGAAGUUUAGGAGGUUUCAUGGUGAAAUUUUCUGAUUUUGUUAUCGUUAUGGUUUUACGAAUUAUUGAACAAAUUGACACUAUGUGAAAUUAUCGAAAUAAUCGUCAUACAAUUAUCAUUUAGAAUGCAUUUCCAAAAUGAUAAACAAUGUUUAAUAUUAGGAAUGCUAAAAUGUGAUAUGUGCUACCUAGCUUCCCAAAACAUUAAAAUGAGUCUUGUACUUAACGUAAAAUAAGAUUUAUCUUUUUACUGCUUACGUAAUGGAUGAAUAAUCGUUCAUUAGAUCGUUAAGAUGUUAAAGGAGAUUUAUUUAGAACGAAUAGUUAUAUAAUGAGUAGAUAAACGAGAAUUAUUAUAAAAAGGGACUGGUAUAUACAUCCUUCGUAACCUCAGGACAAUGUAUGUACAUUGUAUUGAAAUUGUUUUUUGUUAUUAUUGUUUAAUAAACUCUUCUGCACAAA